AUGGAUAACGACUGUGAAAUAUUAGUGGAUGAUAAUGAAAAGAAUCAAAAUGUACAAAUCAAUGAAGAUGAUGAUCCACUUAUAGCUGAAGUUGACAUAUAUUUGACUCGUUUAUUUGCUGAUCAACUAUAUUUAUUUCAAUAUCCACUCCGUCCAAAUCAUCUUCAAUUUGAAAAUAAUUCGACAUUUAUUGGUGCACGUUUAAAACCUAAAAAUAAACUUGUUCAACUUGAUUAUACUCUUGAUAUAGAAUCGAAUUUUCAUUGUAAAACAAAUGAAAAUCAUGUUCUUGAUAAUUGGACAUCAUCAUCAACAAAUGAAAAAAUUAAUUCAAUUGAUCGUUUAACAUUAUCAUCAACAAAUAUAACAUAUGGAGAUAAUUAUAAACGAUUUGCUGCAGGAAUUUUAACACCAAAUGGUAUUCAAUUAUCACCAUUAAAUGCAAUAUUUCAAUUACGACCUGAUUUUGAUUCAACAUCAUCAGUUUUAGCUCAACAAUCCAUUUCGAUUGAUGAUGAUGUUGAUAAUGAAAAUGAAAUUCAUUUUAAUAAACAAUCAAAUUCAAAUACAGAUGAUACAACAACUGAUGAAGAAACAAAUGAAAAAUAUUCGAAUGAACUUGUAACAAUGAAAUUUUGGAGACCUGAAGGACGUUUACAACGUGAGAAAAAAAUGCGAUCAUAUAAUUAUAUUGAACGUGCACGAAAUGAAGAACGAUGGAUUGAUUUAGCUUAUUAUUCAUCAUAUGAAUUACAAUCUAUUGAAUUAAGAAAAAAAUGGAGUAUGAUGGAUAAUAUGGAAAGAAAUCGUUUACCUAUUCGUUGGAGAAAAACUGUUUCUAUUCAAGAUUAUUUUCAAUUAUUAUUUUUUGAUAAACAAAUUUUAUUAGAUAUUCCACUUGAAAAAGACAAGGUUCAAAUUGAAUCAAAUAUUAUUCCUACUGAACAAAAACCAUUGAUUAUCCCACCGACAAAACCAAAAAAGAAGAAAAAAACUGAACUGGAUCCAACAACAAAGAAAACUACGAGAAAAAGUCGAACUUUGAGUCGAAAAUCUACAGAUUCAAGUGCUACAUUAAAUUCUGGGCAACAACAAGCACAAACUACGACAAGUACACCUUUAUCUUCUGUUUCCUUACCUAAGACUAUGAUUAAACAACUUCCUGAAACAAUACAAAAUGAAUUAUUAUCAUUUAUGAAACGACGGUUUGGUUAUCGACCAUACUUUAAAUUAAGUGAAAUUAAUAUUGCCAUUAAACUUGAAUUAAUCUCAUCACCACCUGGUCAUCCACUAGCAUCUGGUGUCACUGAAUCAAGUAUACUUCGUGCAGCUGCUGAAAUCGGAGCAAUAUAUGUAAAUAAAAAGUGGCCAAAAAAUCUUAAACAAGAACCAGUUUUCAUUAAUGGUCAAAUGGGUGACAAAUAUGAUUUGCUUCGUCGUUAUGUUGCUGAACUUCUCGAAAAAUGCGAUAGUUUUCAAUUUACUGAAUUACGUUCUCGUAUUAAACAAGAAAAUCAAACACAACAAUUUCCUGUGCAGGAAGUCAAAAAAUUUGUGAAGGAUCAUUGUAUCACUCGUUCAUCACGUAAAGGUGUACUUUAUUGUGUAAAAGGCACAUUGGUCAAGUAA